UGUUUCAUUUUCAAAAUUUGUCUUUGACUCUACAUAUCUCUCUCUUUUCACUUUCCAUAUUCCCUCGAGAUUUAAUACAAACACCAAACCUUUCACAAUCGAGAUCUCGCUCCAACAACCAGUCAUGCCUUCAGGUCCAAAGAGAAGAAAAGCAGCCAAGAAAAAGAAGCAACAGACACCCAUCUUCCGUUCAUCACCUACUAUUCAAGGAAAUGUUUCUCAAAACCAUCAUAAACUAGAUUCAGAAGUUGAGGCAAGAGAGACUGAUUCUUCAGCUUUUGAAGUCGAUUGUACCCACAUGGAAGAAGAAUCUGCAAACUACAUGGUGGAGGAUAUCCAGAAAGAAGAAUUUCAACUUGAUAAUGAGAUUGUGAAAGAGGUUGGUGUUCAUGAAACUGAAAACUCUGAAUAUGUGAAGGAAAUCGAUAUUGGGGAUGAUUCAAGUAGCAGUAGUUCCGAGGAGGAGUCCAAACAAGAAGAGAAGAGCCCUGAGUUUGUGGAACAAGAGAAAUUGGAGGAGAAGCAGGAGGAGGUUUCUGACUCAUUUGUUGCCUCACUUGGUGAGCCUGAAGAUCUGCUUCAAGCAGUGGAAAACCCAGUUGAGAACUCAUUAGUGCCUGAUGUGCCUGGGGUGGAAUCAGAAAAAAUUGAGGAGAAACUAUCACAGUCUCUUGAUGACUGUAAUGGGAUUUCUUCAGUUGGAGCAGAGAUGGUGGCAAAUGGUACCAAAGAAACCGAAUUAGCAGCUGCAGAGGAGAAGAAUGGAGAGUCUGCAGGCGUUAAUGAUUUGGGGUCCAAAGAUAAAAUUGAUGAUUUGUUGCAAGAGGCAGUGGUCGUUCCUGCUGUGGAACCCAGUGCCGCCGAGUCCCAGAUUCCUGAAAGCACAGCAUAUCAGGUUGCUGCAGUUGAUACUAGUAAUGUGGGUGAGCACCACAAUCAGCCUGAGAUUCCAGAAAGCACAGGAUAUCAGCCGCCCAUCAUAUCUGUGACUCAGCGUACCCUGCACCCCACAUCUUGGAGGAGUUGCUGCGGCCUGUUUGAUGUUCUGCGACGCUCUGAUAGAUAAUUCUAGGUGAAUUGACUCUCUUUGGAGAUGUAAUCUCCUUUGCCUGUUUGAUUAUUUAGAGAAUUUAUAUGCAUUUAUUUUGAUCGUGGGGAUGAUAUUUAGCUACCUAUUGUGUGAGAUUGAUUGGGCAGUUUGUAUGAUUUUCGGGGUAUCCUUGCCUAUAUGGUAAUUACCUCAGUACUAUCUAGUUUUCUCUGGUUCUGAGAUGUGUGAUAAACAGUUAUUAUAAGUUAUAACUGGGAUUUGUGAACAUUUAUGAGAUAGAAAGAAAAAUAAAGAACAUGGGAAGAAAAUUAAUGAUAUAUUUUUCA